UCUUUGGUGAUUAUUUAGUAUGAGAAUAAUAUUCAUUCACACUUCGUCUCCAUAAUUAAUCUUAGAAAUGAGUAAGCAUUGGGGUAAGAAUUAUAGUCUCAUUCUAAAAAUGGAGAUUUAUUAGUCUCACCCUUACGAGCUGACCAUUGUGUAUCCUCAAGGGUUUAGGGUUUAUGUUUAUAGCCAUUUUUGUUCGGAGUUCCGACUGAGUUGCUAAACGAAAGCUCUUUUCAUUCUCAAUUUGAUUUUAUAUAUAUAUCAUUCAUCAAUUCUCAUGGUCUUUUAUCUUUGAAUCAAGAAGAUGAUAAGGAAGCUCCGAAGCUGGAACAACAACCUCAUUUCCAAUCUCCUUAUUCAAACUUCUAAAACCCUUUCCCUCCCCUUCUCUUCCACUCCGCCCCAAUUAGCCAUUCUCCGCCAAAAAAUCGUAAACAUUCGAGCCCCUAAAAUCUCAGUUGUUCCGGUACUGGAAAAGUGGGUUGGCGACGGCAGAGCUAUUGGAAAACCGGAACUUCAAUAUCUUGUUCACCUCAUGAAGGACUCUCGCCGUUUCAAUCACGCUUUAGAAAUAUCUCAGUGGAUGACUGAUCGAAGAUACUUGAGUUUAUCGCCGAGCGAUGCAGCAGUCAGGCUGGAUUUAAUCCAUAGUGUUCAUGGUCUGGAACACGCAGAGAAUUACUUCAACAGCAUAUCUAUUCGGUUAAAAACUUCUAAUGUUUAUGGUGCUCUUCUCGGUUGUUAUGUGCGAGAGAAAUCACUUGAGAAAGCUGAAGCCAUCAUGCAAGAAAUGAGAAAGAUGGGCAUUGCUACUACGUCCUUUGCUUACAAUGUGCUAAUUAACCUCUACGCUCAGAUUGGGCAGCAUGAUAAGAUUGAUCUACUGAUUGAAGAAAUGAAAACGAAGGGAAUACCUCAAGACAUUUACUCAAUUAGAAAUCUUUGUGCAGCUUAUGUUGCUAAGGCAGAUAUUUCUGGUAUGGAAAAGAUUCUCAAAAGGAUCGAGGAGGAUUCUGAACUCAAAGCUGAUUGGACAAUUUAUUCAAUUGCUGCUAAUGGGUAUCUUACAGCUGGGUUGGAAACAGAGGCUCUUUCCAUGCUAAAGAAAACGGAGGAGAAAGUUCGGCCUAAUACAAAUAAAUUCGCAUUUAAGUUUCUUCUGUCCCUUUAUGAACGAACAGGUCAUAAGAACGAAGUUUACAGGGUUUGGAAUACCUUCAAACCAUUAACUAAAGAAACAUGUGUUCCAUAUGCUUUAAUGAUCACAUCUCUAGCCAAGCUUGAUGAUAUUGAAGGGGCUGAAAGAAUAUUCCAGGAGUGGGAAUCAAAGUGUACUGUAUACGACUUUCGGGUGUUGAAUCGACUUCUGGUUGCUUAUUGCAGGAAAGGUCUUUUGGAUAAGGCGGAAUCAGUUGUUAACCAAGCAGUGGUUGAAAGAACUCCAUUCCGCAGCACGUGGAGCAUAUUAGCCACGGGAUAUGCAGAAUACGGACACAUGAGCAAAGCCGUUGAGAUGUUGAAGAAAGCUAUUUUAGUCGGAAGGCAAAAUUGGAAACCAAAGCAGGGUGACAUUUUGGAAGCUUGUCUGGAUUACUUGGAAAAACAAGGAGAUGCAGAAACAAUGGAUGAAAUAGUACGAUUAUGCAAAAGCUCAGGUACAGUAAUGAAGGAGAUGUACUACAGAUUGCUGAGAACUUCCAUAGCAGGGGGUAAACCAGUUAUUAGCAUUCUUGAACAGAUGAAGAUGGAUGGUUUUGCAGCAGAUGAAGAGGUAGACAAAAUCCUGGGAUCUAAGACUAACUUGUACCUCAUCUCAAGUCUCAGUAAUAUAAAAUUGUUGACAGAGGCAAUAAGAGAGAAAAGGAAAAUCGCCCUUUCACAUUUGGACUCUCCUCUUCUCCCGCCGGAACUUCCCUUCGACUCCUCAGUGUUGAAUCCGACCAUGGUGAAGCUCCAUUGCUCUCAGUCAUGGCUUUUCUGCUCCAAUUUCAAGUUACUUCGGGCUCUAUUCUACUCAACAAAAUCCCUACCUUCUCCAAGUACCGAGGAUACCCUCUUCCGAAGGGUUUAUCGGGCAGGUGAUCCUCGAACCUCGAUUGUUCGCGUGUUGGACCAAUGGGUCGAAGAAGGCCGACAAGUCAACCAAUCUGAUCUCCAAAAGCUCAUCAAGCAGCUCAGGACGUUUGGUCGCUUCAACCAUGCUCUGCAGUUAUGCGAAUGGGAACGUAAUGAAAGGAACAAAUGCCCGUCACCUGGGCACAUUGCUAUUCAGUUGCACUUAAUUUCAAAAGCUCGUGGUUUGGAACAAGCUGAGGAGUAUUUUAGCAGCAUUGGGGAAUCUUCAAGAGAUCAUAAGGUUUAUGGAGCACUUCUACACUGUUAUGUAGAGAAUAAAAAUUUGAAAAAGGCAGAGGCAAUCAUGCAGAAAAUGAGGGAAGUAGGAUUUAUGAAAACACCACUUUCUUAUAAUGCUAUGUUAAACCUUUAUGCUCAGCUCGGUAAACAUGAGAAACUUGAUGAAUUAGUGAAAGAAAUGGAAGAAAUGGGAAUUGGUCAUAAUAGAUUUACAUAUAAUGUUCGUAUGAAUGCUUAUGCAGCUGCUUCCGAUAUAACAAACAUGGAAAAGCUUUUAUCAAAAAUGGAGGCAGAUCCACUAGUUGCUACGGAUUGGCAUAUUUAUUUCACUGUAGGAAAUGGAUAUUUCAAAGCUGGUCUUUCUGAAAAUAGUAUAUCGAUGCUGAAGAAAGCAGAACAACUCAUUGGUGACAAGCAAAAAUGGCUUGCAUACGAAUGUCUCAUGACACUAUAUGCUGCUAUUGGAAAUAAGGAUGAGGUGUAUCGGGUUUGGAACUUGUACACGAAUCUGCAAAAGAGAUUCAAUUCAGGAUACCUUUGUAUAAUAAGUUCAUUAAUGAAACUGGAUGAUAUCGACGGUGCUGAAAGAAUCUUGAAGGAAUGGGAAUCAGGGGAUACAUCUUUUGAUUUCAAAAUACCAAACAUGAUGAUAAAUAGUUAUUGUACGAAGGGAUUUGUGGAUAAGGCAGAAGCAUAUAUAAGCAGGCUUAUAGAGAAUGGCAAGGAACCACGAGCAUAUGCUUGGGAUCGACUGGCAAGUGGAUAUCAUUCUAAUGGUUUGACGAAUAAAGCAGCAGAAACUCUGAAGAAAGCAAUCUCAGUUAGUCCACCUCGUUGGAAGCCUAAUUAUGAUAUCUUGGCUGCAUGUCUUGAAUAUUUGAAAACAAAUGGAAAUGUGGAGUUGGCAGAGGAAAUCAUAGGGCUCCUUUGCAAACGUGAUAUUUUUCCCUUAAACAUUUGCAAGAGAUUAGAAGAUUAUAUCCACAGUGAAAACCAAAAUUCAAUCAAGUGCCUUGAUCUACUUGGCCUGAAAGAUCAGAAUGAGUAACCCAAUCAAGUUUUAGAUUGAAACAAGCUCGACUUUACUAUCUAAAGCAUGAAGAAACUUCUGAUUGUAACUGAAGUUUUUUUUUUCUCUUUCUACCAUUCUCCUUUGUUAUAGUGUAGUGUAGCAUUAACUUUUUUCAAUGUUCUUGAAAUACCCAUGUAUUUGGAUUUUGUGAUUGGGAAAACCUUUCUUCUUCUAGUAAUCAGUGUACUGAGGAUUUGCAUCUACAAUUUUUUUUUCCUUGGAACA